AUGAAGAAAUCGAAGCAAGCUAAGCGCACUGGUUUCGGUCUAACACCUAGUUUUCAGAAUGUGUCCUUGAACUUAUCCAACGAGCUGGAGCUUCUAGGCCUUACACUCUCUUCUAGCCUGAAUUUCAAGAGCUUCAUUGAGUCCAAAGUACAAGUUGCAGCUAAGAAGCUCGGAAUACUCUCUAAGGUGAGGGAGUUCUUCACACCGGAACAGCUCUUAAACCUAUACAAAGCCCAGGUUCGCUCCGGUGUGGAGUACUGCUCUCAUCUUUGGGCAGGGGCAGCUAAAUAUCAACUCAACGCUUUGGACUCCAUCGAAAAACGAGCGAUUAGACUCAUUGGAAACGAAUCCUUAACCGCAUGCAAACUGCAUAGUCUAGAACAUCGUCGGAACGUAGCCAGUUUGGCGGUUUUCUACAGAAUCUUUCACGGCGAAUGUGCUGAAGAACUGCAUAACCUGUUGCCAGCUGCUCCUUUUUAUCAUCGAGGGACUCGACGCCGGGCCGGUCUCCACCCUUAUGUCAUCGACAUCCCACCCAUACGCACUAAGCGUUUCGCUUCUUCCUUUCUUAUGCGUACUGGUAAGGAGUGGAACAAUCUUCCGGCUUCCGUUUUUCCCAGAAACUACAAUCUGGAUUUAUUCAAGAGAAAUGUGAAUAGACACUUAUUAGGCAAACAUGCUCCAUCCUAG